AUGGAAAUUGACGAAAAAAAUCAUGAGGAACAAAAACCACAAGAUGAAGACUUCAUAAUGACAGAAAAAGAAUCAGACCGAGGCAUAAGGGAAAAGUUAUCAGAAGUUUCCAUUGAUACGAAGGAACAUAAGAAAGAUAAAGAACGAGAAGUAAAGUUUUCGUACAAUCUAAAUGCAUUGUCUCCCAUAGCAAGGCCAUUGGCCUCUGAGGAUUUGACGAAAAAAUUGUUAAGGACUGUCCAACAAGCUGCAAGAAAGAAACAUCUCACACGAGGGGUUAAAGAAGUUGUAAAAGGUUUACGAAAAGGAAGUAAAGGCCUUGUAGUAAUAGCAGGUGACAUAUCUCCAAUCGACGUAAUAACACAUCUUCCAGUUCUAUGUGAAGAAAAUUAUGUACCAUAUGUUUAUGUCCCGUCGAAACUUGAUCUUGGAUUCAACGCGGCCACGAAACGUCCAACUAGUGUUGUGAUGGUGAUACCGGGUGGUCCUAAAGGAAAGCUCGAAGGAAUUGAAGAUUAUAAAAAGUUGUAUGAUUCGUGUUUUCAAGAAGCAAAGAAAAUGGACGAAGAAAUGGUUAUAUGA